AUGGCCAAGUCUCGUGUAGUUGUCGAAGUGCCCAGAUUGGUGUUUGUCAUGGAAAAUGUCGAAAACGAACGCCUUGAGGACAUUUCUUCUAACCAAGCCAGUGCCGAUGAUUGGGUCCAAAAAAAUGUUGUAACCUAUGGAAACGUCAAUUUCAAAUACAUUGCGGUUGGAAAUGACAUAGAUGCUACAGGUCCUUUAGCACCAUUUGUUGGCCCUGCCAUGGAAAAAAUUCAAAAUGCAAUUUCGAAAGCUGGUCUUGCUAAUAAAAUUAAAGUCUUCUCGGCAGUUCAUCCUAUAAUCCUCCAAGAAUCCUCCACUCCAUCAAUAGGACCAUUCAGGCCGAAUUACCGACCCUUUCUUGAUCCUGUUUUGUUCUUCUUCUCUUCUAGUGGUGGAGGAUAA